GCCAGCCACCCCAGCAGGAACCCAGCACCACCUUCUUUCCCACAACCAAAUCCGACAGCACCAUAUGCCAUAUUCCUCUUCUCUCCCCUACACUAUAUAACUACCCUCCUUUACAACUCUUCUUCUCCAAUCUCUUCUUUCUUCUACUCACACCUACCUAAAAUGGUCAAGUACCACAAAGAUUUUCUGCAUACCCACUGGAGAAAAGGCAAAGAAUACAUCUUCGCUGUAGAUGAAGUUUCGGCCUUAAACCCCCUUGGAUUAAUCUCUUCUUUCCACAGCCCCACCAAAACAUUCAAGCCCAAGUUUCUGUAUUUCGCUUUUUUUGCCCUCGUUUCUUGCAUCUUGCUCUUAUUUCCUAUGCUCUUCUCCCUCACCUCUAGCUUCUAUGAAUCUGAAACAGGUGUGAAACCUUUCCUUUGCUUGUCUGUUCCUAACGAGACUCUUUGUUGUGAUAGAAGUAGCAGAAGGUCAGAUACAUGUAUAAUGAAAGGGGAUAUAAGAACUGACCCUGCCACCUCCUCCAUCACUCUCUACCGUUCCAACCACACCGCCUAUGGCGGCGGGCGGGAGGCCAUCCAACACGAAAAGAUUAGGCCAUACACAAGAAAAUGGGAAACCCAUGUCAUGGACACCAUUGAUGAACUAGACCUCCUUGUCAAGACAGGCUCAUGGCCACGCCACACCUGUGACGUCGUCCACGACGUCCCGGCUGUGUUCUUCUCCACCGGAGGCUUCACGGGCAACCUCUACCACGAGUUCAACGAUGGGAUCACCCCCCUCUACAUAACCUCCCAAGAAUUCAACAGGAAGGUUGUGUUUGUGAUUCUUGAAUAUCACUACUGGUGGAUCACAAAGUAUGGUGACAUACUGUCCCAGCUCUCAGAUUACCCGCCUAUCGAUUUCAGCAACGACACGAGGGUCCACUGCUUCCCCGAGACCAUCGUGGGGCUGAGAAUCCACGAUGAGCUCAGCGUUGAUCCUGCCUUGAUGCCAGGCCAUAAUAGGACCAUAUCCGACUUUCAUGACCUCUUGGACCGCUCCUACCAGCCUCGUAUCAGCAGCAUCAUUGAAGACGAGGAGCGUGAGGCAGGAACGGAAAUACACGCGGAUCAGAUAACCAGACCUAAACUGGUCAUAGUAGCCAGGAAUGGCUCCAGAGCUAUAACCAAUCAAGAUGCAUUGGUGAAGCUUGCAGAGGAGAUUGGAUUCUUUGUGGAAGUUCUCAAGCCCGAGAGGAGCACUGAGCUCGCUAAAAUAUACCGCGUUCUCAACUCAAGUGACGUCGUGGUUGGGGUCCACGGGGCUGCCAUGACUCACUUCCUCUUCAUGAAGCCAGGUUCAGUAUUCAUUCAAGUCAUACCACUAGGCACAGACUGGGCUGCAGCUACUUACUACGGGGAGCCUGCGAUGAAGCUUGGGUUGAACUACAUUGGCUACAAGAUUCUUGCUAAAGAGAGCUCAUUGUAUCAAGAUUACAGCAAGGAUGAUCCUAUUCUGAUGGAUCCAGACAGUGUGAACAAAAAGGGAUGGGAAUUCACCAAGAAAAUCUAUCUCGACUCCCAAAAUGUGAGGUUGGAUCUUGGGAGGUUUCAAAAGCACUUGCUUCGCGCCUACUACUUCACCAGAGCUCGGAAAAAUAGGCGUUCGCGCCGGCUAUCUGUGUAAGUCCUAUCCCAUGUCUUUAACACAUUCUUUUGUUUAGUGUAGUGUAGUCUUACUUUUGUAAAUCAGUAUACACACAGAGGGUUGUAAAGAUUGUUAUGUCUAAAUCACAAAAAAAAUUCAUUUGUCCUUA